CGGAAGACUCAUGAAACCCACGGAAACGCGGGUGGCCGUGGGGACGGGCAGGUGCAGCAACAGCAGAGGGCGCCCCGCGCCCCGCGGGGUCACUCCCCCCUCCCCCGCGCCCUGGCCGGACUUUCCCUGCUAUUUUUACGCGCGGACACCGGACACCCGGCUGGGGUGGCUGCAGCACCAGGGCCGGGCGUCGGGGCCACACGUCCGUCCGCUGGUCGUCCGGGCUGUGCGCGCCAUGGAGCCGCGGUGCCCGCCGCCCUGCGGCUGCUGCGAGCGGCUGGUACUCAAUGUGGCCGGGUUGCGCUUCGAGACCCGCGCGCGCACGCUCGGACGCUUCCCGGACACGCUGCUGGGGGACCCAGUGCGCCGCAGCCGCUUCUACGACGGCGCGCGCCGCGAGUAUUUCUUCGACCGACACCGGCCCAGCUUCGACGCGGUGCUCUACUACUACCAAUCGGGCGGGAGGCUGAGACGGCCGGCACACGUGCCGCUCGACGUCUUCCUGGAGGAGGUGUCCUUCUACGGGCUGGGCGCCGCGGCGCUGGCACGGCUGCGCGAGGACGAAGGCUGCGCGGUGCCCCCCGAGCGGCCGCUGCCACGCCACGCCUUUGCGCGCCAGCUCUGGCUGCUCUUUGAGUUCCCCGAGAGCUCGCAGGCUGCGCGAGUGCUCGCCGUGGUCUCCGUGCUCGUCAUCCUGGUCUCCAUCGUGGUCUUUUGCCUCGAGACGCUGCCAGACUUCCGCGACGACCGCGAUGACCCGGGACUUGCGCCGGUAGCGGCUGCCACUGGCCCGUUCCUCUCUCGGCUGAAUGGCUCCAGUCCCAUGCCAGGAGCUCCUUCCCGCCUGCCCUUCAGUGAUCCCUUCUUUGUGGUGGAGACCCUGUGUAUCUGCUGGUUCUCCUUUGAGCUGCUGGUGCGUCUGGUGGCCUGCCCAAGCAAAGCCAUAUUUUUCAAGAAUGUGAUGAACCUUAUUGACUUCGUGGCCAUCCUGCCUUACUUUGUGGCCCUGGGCACCGAGCUAGCCCGGCAGCGCGGUGUGGGUCAGCCGGCUAUGUCGCUGGCCAUCCUAAGAGUCAUCCGACUGGUGCGUGUUUUCCGUAUCUUCAAGCUAUCAAGGCAUUCGAAGGGCCUGCAGAUCUUGGGUCAGACGCUGCGGGCCUCUAUGCGUGAGCUAGGUCUCCUCAUCUUCUUCCUCUUCAUUGGUGUCGUCCUCUUUUCCAGUGCAGUCUACUUUGCGGAAGUAGACCGGGUGGACACCCAUUUUACCAGCAUCCCAGAGUCCUUCUGGUGGGCAGUGGUCACCAUGACCACAGUUGGCUAUGGAGACAUGGCACCCGUCACUGUGGGUGGCAAGAUCGUGGGCUCUCUGUGUGCCAUUGCAGGUGUGCUCACAAUCUCUCUGCCGGUGCCAGUCAUUGUGUCCAACUUCAGCUACUUUUACCACCGGGAGACAGAGGGCGAAGAGGCAGGACUGUACAGCCACGUGGACACACAGCCCUGCAUCACACUGGAGGGCAAGGCUAACGGGGGGCUGGUGGACACUGAGGUGCCUGAACUCCUACCACCACCGCUCUGGCCCCCCGCUGGGAAACACAUGGUGACCGAGGUGUGA